AUGGCAACAGAAAGUCUGCUUAGCGAUGAAUAUGUAAUAAUUGAGUCAAUAACCAAUGAGUUCUCAAAAGAAGAUUGGGCUUCCUUGCUUGAGAAAAAUGAUCUUCACCACACAUGCCCUAAACGAAUUCGUAAGAGUUUGCUAUUUGGGAUUCCAGAUAGCCUAAGAGGUCAGAUUUGGCCUUUCUUAACUCGUGCGAAUCACAUGGAUUUUUCAACAUAUGAAACCCUUUCUCAAAGAAAGGACAAAAUUUUCGAACCAUUAAUUCAAAAAGACUUAGCACGGACUUUUCCUGAUCACGAAAUAUUUAAGGACACCAAAGGUCCUGGGCAAUCUGGGAUCUUAAGAAUUUUACGAGCUUAUGCACAGUUUGAUAAUGAGGUCGGCUAUUGCCAAGGUAUGGCGUUUAUAGCUGGUCUCUUAUUUAUCCACAUAAAAUCAGAAGAGUUGACAUUUUGAGCGUUUGUCUCAAUAAUGUUUGAUAAAAAUUGAAGGGAAAUUUUCACCUCAGGGACCCCUAAACUUGUAAAAAUGCUUGACUGCUUAUCAAGUCAGCUGGAAACCUUACUGCCUGAAGUGUAUAAUCACUUGCAGACAGAAAACUUAUCCCUUCUCCUUUCGUGUUUAAGAUAUUUUAAUAUUUCCAGAUUUCAAAUAUUCCCUUUUAUUAAUUUUUGAAAAUAAAAUACUAUAAUUAAUGUCUUAGAAUCACACAGUUUUAAAAUUUAUUCCAAGAAGCAAUUAAUCUCUCAAAAAAGUAGGAUUUUUUCAGUGUUUUACUUGAUCACGAGGGGAGCUAGAAUUAACGUGCUUUUCCCCCUAUUUUAUCACAAUUUUCGGAUGCAAGGUGCCUCUUCAAUACGGAAUGCGAGUGGCUGACAUGUUUCUAUACGAAGGAGAGCAAGUCAUCAUAUCCCUUCUUUUAAACAAUAUACAUUAAAGUGGCAAAACGUGACAUCCUGCACUCUUGGAAUCAGUCCAGAAUUUAUGCCUACGGCAAACUGUGACGGACUCCAAGUCGAGAACAAGUGAGUCUCAGGUUACGUGCAUCCGGGUAGGUUUUGGUAGCCUUCCUGUGGUUGGAAAUGGAGGUUCCCGCAACGUCCUUUUGAAUCUAAGGACCCAUUGGCAUUCCUCAACCGAGAAACUAAGGGUUUUGGCUCAGGCUACAGAUAAUAGUCUUUUUUCUGUAGCUGUUGAAAGGAAGGCACUUCACCCUCGACAGACUCCUAGGAGCUGAUCCCUCGAAUCAAACUACUCCAACCGCCCGUAUCAGGGCCGCAAAAAUCUAUAAGAGCUCAAGACUGAAACCACAAGGCAAGGAGGAGACAGAAGGUGCUGGAAGUGGAACCAGUUUUUCGGGGUAUAAUCCCUCUGGGCUGGAAUAAAAAUGCUUUUGAAACUCUCAUAGGUAGGUCUUUGAUGACUGCGUCACCAAUAUAGCUAACACAUGUCUUUAAAAAACCUAACCUAAUCCUCUUUUAAACAUGCUUAGCCUGAAACAACGGAAAAUUUUACGUAUAGUAAUUGCCCGAGGAUGGCGCUAUCUUGCGCCAUCCUCGGGCAAUUCAAAAAUGGCCCCACACCGGGAAUUGAACCCACGUGUGGGGCCAUUUUUGGUUAGUGGAGAACAUCGACUUCCACGCACCAAAAAUGGCCCCACACGUGGGCUCGAUUCCCGGUGUGGGGGGGCCAUUUUUUAAAUUGCCCGAGGAUGGCGCAAGAUAGCGCCAUCCUCGGGCAAUUACAAUAUGAGCUUUGAAGAGCUUUUCAGAUAUUUCAAUAGCGAAAUGGCGAAGGAAUGUUUUGAAGAGUUCAACUUUGAGACUUUGCUUAGCCCUAUAACAAAGUAUGUCGAAAGUGUAGAUGAUGAUUAUGACAUUUUGGAAGGAUAA